UUAUGAAUUCUCUUUUUCUUACACGGCCGACCACGUAUCAUUUUAGCUUAGGUUUUGUUAAGGGUUCACCAUGGAAAUGAGUAAAAAUAUCCUAUGCCGGGAUUUCCCUCACUGCAUUUCACAUUAAAGAAAAGAGAUGGUAUGGUAGUCACACACAUUGUUAUUUGAUUUCAUUAAUUAUCAUGUCCGCGUGAAUUCAAUGCUAGUAAUAAUUUCCAAAUAUCCCCAACUGUACGUAGAAGCCAUACAUGCAACUUGGCUUCUGAUUUUUCAUUCUACUACCGUAGGCCGUAGCUAUAUAUAGCUGUGCUCAUUUCACAAGUUCCUCAUCAAUCAUCAUACCUCAUUAGCCACAAUAAGUUGUUGCUUCUUCAAUAUUUCUUCUUGUUUCAAUGGCGCAUGGGGAGUUCAUUGUAUUGGUUUUGAUUGUGUGUUUGUGGAGUACUACUACUACUGGGGUUGGAGCUGAACCACAAGUACCUUGCUUCUUUAGUUUUGGGGAUUCUUUGGUGGAUAAUGGCAACAACAAUCGCCUCUCAUCUUUGGCCAAAGCUAAUUAUCGACCUUAUGGAAUUGACUUUCCUGGUGGCCCAACUGGAAGGUUCUCCAAUGGAAAAACUUCUGUUGAUGUCAUUGGUGAGCUUUUGGGGUUCGGCAGUUAUAUACCUCCCUAUGCAACAACUAGAGGCCAAGACAUACUUAGGGGAGUGAAUUAUGCUUCUGCAGCUGCUGGAAUAAGAGAGGAAACCGGACAACAACUGGGAGGACGUAUUAGUUUUAGAGGGCAAGUUCAAAAUUACCAAAGGACAGUGUCCCAGUUGAUAAAUUUACUAGGAGAUGAGAACACUGCAGCAAAUUACCUGAGCAAGUGCAUUUAUUCAAUUGGAAUUGGUAGCAAUGAUUACCUCAACAACUAUUUCAUGCCUCUAAUCUAUUCCAGUAGCAGGCAGUUCACACCACAACAAUAUGCAGAUGUUCUCAUUCAAGCUUAUGCUCAACAACUCAGGGUUUUGUAUAACUAUGGAGCGCGGAAAAUGGCGUUAUUCGGGGUUGGCCCAAUAGGUUGCAGCCCUAAUGCAUUGGCCCAAAGUAGAGAUGGAAGAACAUGUGUUGCAAGAAUCAAUUCAGCAAACCAAUUAUUCAACAAUGGUUUGAAGUCUCUUGUUGAUCAACUCAACAGCCAGCUGCCUGAUGCAAAAUUCAUCUAUGUAAACGUUUAUGGCAUCUUUCAAGAUAUCCUAAGCAACCCUGCAUCCUAUGGUUUCAGAGUAACAAAUGCAGGGUGCUGUGGGGUAGGAAGGAACAAUGGGCAAAUUACAUGCCUACCCCUUCAAGCCCCAUGCAGGAACAGGAUGGAGUUCCUGUUUUGGGAUGCAUUUCAUCCAUCUGAGGCUGGCAACAAUGUAAUUGGAAGGAGAGCUUACAAUGCCCAAUCUGCAUCGGAUGCUUACCCUUUUGAUAUCAAUCGCUUGGCUCAAAUGUAAGAGGCUCUAGUAGCGGUAAUACUAAGGAAAGUGUUUGGUAGAUCAUCAAUGUGUUUAGACAUCCAGAGUGGAAAAAUAAGAGAAUAGAGUUCUGCCACAGUUUUAUGUAGAUGUAAUUUGUUGAUUCUGUUAAGGAAUGUCCUGCACCAAAUCUAUGAUAUAAGGAAAAAUACAUAAUAUUCAA